GAAUCAGAAGACUCAUAAGUCAUAGCACAUGAAAACAAAUUGAUAUUGUAUCGAAUGAUAACAAAAGAAAAAGAAAGAGAGAAAUUUUGACUCUGGUAAAGAAGGAAGAAGUCGACUGAGCCUAGAACUAGAAGCAAACCCAACAAUGGCAGAUCCAGUAAUUGGUGCUACAGUUCAAGUUGUGCUUGAGAAACUGCUUUCUCUCACUAUUGAGAAAGUCAGUAGCUCAAGGGACUGCAACAAACAUCUCAGAAUGCUCACACAAAAUGUAUCUAUCAUUCAAGCUUUCAUUAAUGAUGCUGAAAGACGACAAGUUGACGAUCACGCUGUGGAAAAAUGGGUGAAAAUGCUUGAGAUAGUUGCUGAAAAUGCUGAAAAUGUUUUUGACGAAUUCACAUAUGAAUCUCUCAAAACACAAGUGAUGCAGAUCCGAAAUAGCCCAAUGAGAAAGGUCAGUGAUUUCAUUUCUCAUACAGCUUUUAAGAGUAAAAUGUCUCGAAAAAUCAAAAACAUCAAUGAAGAGUUGAGGGUUAUCAAUCAGUUAGCCAAAGACCUCGGUCUCCAAUCACUAAUAGUUUCGUCUCAGCAAAUACUACCGUUUCGAGAAACAGAUUCCUUAGUAGUUGCUUCGGAUGUCGUUGGUAGAGACAACGAUGUUGCUGAAAUAAAGGAGAAGAUGUUGAACAUGAGAGACGAAGUUGUUCUGUGCACCAUUCCCGUAGUGGGGAUGGGAGGUUUAGGGAAAACUACUGUAGCUAAGAGAAUUUUCAAUGAUGAAGAGAUCGAAAAACAUUUUGAGAAGAGAGUGUGGUUGUGUCUACCUGAAAUGUCAGAGACUAAGAGCUUUCUUGAACAGAUCCUCCAAUCAUUGACAGAGAGGAAACUUGAGGUCCAGACCAGGGAUAUAAUAGUCAAGAAACUCCGAGAUGAACUAGGUGGAAAACGGUAUUUGCUUGUCUUAGAUGAUUUGUGGCGUGUUGACCUUCCGGUAUGGGAUGAGUUUGUGGAUAGCUUGAGAGGAGUAAACACUUCUAGAGGAAAUUGCAUUCUCGUGACUACUCGCAUGAAACAAGUGGCAUCCACUGUAGCGGUAGAUGUUCGUGUGUUGGGAAAGUUAACAGAAGAUCAUUGUUGGUCCAUUUUCAAACAAAGAGCUUUUGUUGAUGGGGAGGUUCCAGAAGAAAUGGUGAGCAUGGAAAGCAGGAUUGUUGAAAUAUGUCAAGGUCUACCGUUGGCUGCAAGUGUGUUGGGAGGCCUUUUACGCAACAAGGAAAGACAUGAAUGGCAGGCAAUUCUUGAUGGCAACCCCCUUAUUGCGGGUGAAAAUGAUAAUGGGGAAAAUAGCUUAAGGAAAAUCCUAAAACUUAGCUAUGAUUAUUUACCAUUUCCACAUCUGAAAAAAUGCUUUGCCUACUUUGCAAUGUUUCCAAAAGAUUUUGUGUUUGGAAAGGACCAACUAAUCCAACUCUGGAUGGCGGAAGGAUUUCUUCGUCCAUGUCAAGAGACUCCUGUGAUGGAAGACGUUGGGAACAAGUAUUUUCAACUUUUGUUGCAAUAUUCCUUGCUGCAAGAUGUUGAGCUAGAUGAGCACAACAAUAUAAGAUACUGUAAGAUGCAUGAUCUUGUGCAUGAUUUGGCUGGAGAUAUUUUAAAAUCUAAACUAUUUGAUCAAAAGAGUAUUGGAGGAGAAAAUCUUUCUCAAGCCCGAUACUUUGGAUGGGACUCACCAAGUGAUCAAAUUGAUAUGAUAAAUGAGCCAGGACGUAUAUGCACAUUGUUCUCGAGAAACAAUAUAUCCAAAGAUGUUCUAUUGAGCUUUCAGUUCUUGAGAGUUCUAAAUUUUUCCAGGUCAGGCAUCAAGGGGUUGACAGCCUCAAUUGGCAAACUAAUAUACUUGAGAUAUCUUGAUCUCUCCAAUACUAAUAUCAAAGCCUUGCCUAACUCCAUUUGCAAGCUCUACAAUUUGCAAACAUUUAGGGUAAGUAACUGCUUUUUACUAGAGGAGCUUCCAGAUGAAAUGGCGAAUAUGAUAAGUUUGAGACACAUAUAUUACAGCAAUGAUUUCAGAUCAGACUCUAGAAAAUGGUGUUUCGGCAAUCAGAACUUUCAGAUGCCACUUAAGAUAGGACAAUUGACUUGUCUUCAAACACUACAGUUUUUCAAGGUAGGUUCAGAGAAAGGUCGUCGAAUAGAAGAAUUAGGUUGUUUGAAGAACCUUAGAGGUGAAUUGAUGAUUAGAGAUCUUCAAUUGGUCUGUAAUAGAGAAGAAGCUGUAAAAGCAUGUCUAUGGGAGAAACCAAAUAUCUCCAAGUUGGCAUAUUUAUGGUCCCAUGAUGAAUCAGAAGACUAUGAGGUCAAUGAUGAGUAUGUUUUGGAUGGUCUUCAACCGCAUACUAACUUGAAAAAUUUAGUGGUAGUGAACUAUUUGGGGACUAGAUUUCCGUCAUGGUUCAGUGAAGAAUUGUUACCAAAUUUGGUCGAGUUGAAAUUAAGUGGUUGCAGAAAGUGCAAGGAAAUUCCAUCGCUUGGCCAACUUAAACUACUUCGGCAUCUUGAGCUGAUAGGAUUCCAUGAGUUGGAAUGUAUUGGACCUACAUUUUAUGGUGUUGAAGUUGACAAUAAUGGAUCAAGCAAUAAUAACACCAAUAUCCAAGUGUUCCCGUUACUCAAAGAACUAGUAUUGUGGAAUAUGCCUAGACUUACUGAGUGGAAGGAAGUGCAGUUGUUAUCAACAGGAAAUGAUGGUAGCGACAGAGUUGGAGUAAGAAUGUUUCCUGGGCUGGAGAAGUUGAGGAUUAUUAACUGUCCACUGUUAAAAAGUAUACCGAAUCAAUUUGAAAUGCUGCGUGAAUUAAGCAUCGAUGGGAAUCAGAUAAUUGAAUUUGGAAUUGAGGUUCUUCUCUUGAAACAUUAAUGCUAGUGAGCUGCAAAUGGCUACACCAUCUGGACUUUUAGAUGCCAUGCCCAAAUUACAUUAUCUGAAGAUCAAGGACUGUCGAUUGCUAGGAUUAAGCUAUGUUGGAUGGGCCCGUGAACCUUGUUUCUUUAAUUUGCAACAGUUAUUUUCAUCGAAGUGUGGAAAACUAGAGCAUCUGCCAUCCAGAUAUUCCAUGUGAUGCCUCACCAAAUUGCGGUACCUGGGAAUUAAAGGCUGUGCUCAGUUAGAAUUAAGUUCUAUCAAUAAUAGGAGUGGCCGAAACUCCCAGUGGUCCAACAUUUCUCAUAUUUUAGUUAUUAACGUUGGGUUCAUGAAAAUUCAGGACUUGUGUUAGCCUCUAUUUCUCCUUUUAGUUUUCCAAGCUUUUCAUUCCCCAAACGAAUACAUCUUACUAUAGUACUGAAGAAGUUGAGGAUUAGUAGAUGUCCACUGUUAAAAAGUACUCCAAAUCAAUUUGAAAUCCUGCAUGAAGUAGCGAUUGAAAGAGUUAACAGUGAAAUGCCGUUGUUGAACUUGUGCAGCAACUUGACAUCUCUCGUAGAUCUUAUUGUGGAUGAUGUGAAAGAGCUCACUUGUUUUCCAGAUGAGAUGCUACGUAACAAUGUUUCUCUUGAACAUCUACUGGUCUUAAAUUGCCGAGAGUUUCGCGAAUUGCCACAAAGUUUAUACAAUCUCCGUUCUCUUAAGAGCUUAAGGAUUGAGCGCUGCAACAAUUUCAGUUCCUUUCCUGUUCCCAGUGGAGAGAAUCAUUUUACUUCGCUCCAAAGUCUUGAGUUGUCCAAUUGUGAUGCCUUAACCAGUUUACCAAGUGAAAUGCUAGAGCGUUGUCGGUCUUUGGAAUCUUUGAAGGUCAACAAAUGUAACAACUUAGUUUCCUUCCCUUUACAUGUGUGGGAAAUGCCUUCACUCUCAUAUUUGAAUAUAUCAAAAUGCCUCAAAUUGGAUAGUGUACCUGCACAGGGUCUUCACCGUCUCACUGGAUUACAGGAAUUGUGCAUUGGACCUUUCUCAGAGACGGUGGAUUUUGAGGCAUUCCAAUUGAUAUUUAAUGGCAUUCAGCGGCUAUCGUCCCUUCCUAAAUUAGAGGUGUAUGGGAAUAGGCAAUGGGAUUCUCUGCCCUAUCAGGUUAUGCAACUUUCUUCCCUAACAGAAAUCGGAAUAAAUGAUUUUGGAAUCAAAACUCUUCCUGAUAGAUUUGGAAAUCUUACUUCUCUUGAAACAUUAGAGCUAGUGAGGUGCAGACGACUAUUCAGGACUUAAAUUAAGUUUUACUACAAGUGAAAGAGGUCAUCCCCAUUCCGGCCUUGUUUGGGUACUGAACAACCUUUUCCGGGAACUAUAGUCUACAUAUGAAACAUCAAAACACUCAACGUGUCUAGGGUGCUCGAUGAGAAUCUACACAGGUCUAUCCUCUGUCUUUGCAUGGCCAUGUUUGCCUUUUUAUUCUCCAUUUAAGUUUUUGUACUAGAUAAAGUUCCUUGACCACAUGUAAAAAUUUUCUGUCAUUUUUCCCCUUGUAUAUGUGACAUUUGCUACUAAACUAUGAACUCUUUGAACAAUAAAAUCCACAUAUUGAAUCUUGCUAAAUUUAAAACAAA